CGGUGAGCGCGCCGGGGAAAAGAGGCGAGCAGAGUGGAGGAGGCGGCGGCGGCGGGAGCGCUCCCCAGGAAUGUCUCUGCCGCCGCCACCGCCGGGGCCGCUGCCGUUGAGGAGGAGACGGAGGAGACCGACGUUGUUAGGAAGAUGAUCCAUGUGAUCUUGACGACCUUUCUGCACAGAAAAGACGGAAAUACCAAGAACCAAAUAUAGUUCUGAAAUUCGGGAUCUGUAUUUUGAGAUGAUUUUAUUUUCAGAAUGACAAGUAUGCCUGGUUAUCUUUAUGAAUGUAGAGAAACGAGAAGAGAGUUAUGAUGGCAAAAAACAAAGAGCCUCGUCCCCCAUCCUAUACUAUCAGUGUAGUUGGACUCUCUGGGACUGAAAAAGACAAAGGUAACUGUGGAGUUGGAAAGUCUUGUUUGUGCAAUAGAUUUGUACGCUCAAAAGCAGAUGAAUAUUAUCCAGAGCAUACUUCUGUGCUUAGCACCAUUGACUUUGGAGGACGAGUUGUAAACAAUGAUCACUUUUUGUACUGGGGUGACAUAACACAAAAUGGUGAAGAUGGAGUAGAAUGCAAAAUUCAUGUCAUUGAACAAACAGAGUUCAUUGAUGACCAGACUUUCUUGCCUCAUCGGAGUACGAAUUUGCAACCAUAUAUAAAACGUGCAGCUGCCUCCAAAUUGCAGUCAGCAGAAAAACUAAUGUACAUUUGCACUGAUCAACUAGGCUUGGAACAAGACUUUGAACAGAAGCAAAUGCCUGAAGGGAAGCUCAAUGUAGAUGGAUUUUUAUUGUGCAUUGACGUAAGUCAGGGAUGCAAUAGGAAGUUUGAUGAUCAACUUAAAUUUGUGAAUAACCUUUUUGUCCAACUUUCAAAAUCAAAAAAACCUGUAAUGAUAGCGGCAACUAAAUGUGAUGAAUGCGUGGAUCAUUAUCUUAGAGAAGUGCAGGCAUUUGCUUCAAACAAAAAGAACCUUCUUGUAGUGGAAACAUCAGCACGAUUUAAUGUCAACAUCGAGACAUGUUUCACUGCACUGGUACAAAUGUUGGAUAAAACUCGUGGCAAGCCAAAAAUUAUUCCCUAUCUGGAUGCUUAUAAAACACAGAGACAACUUGUUGUCACAGCAACAGAUAAGUUUGAAAAACUUGUGCAGACUGUGAGAGAUUAUCAUGCAACUUGGAAAACUGUUAGUAAUAAAUUAAAAAAUCAUCCUGAUUAUGAAGAAUAUAUCAACUUAGAGGGAACAAGAAAGGCCAGAAAUACUUUCUCAAAACAUAUAGAACAACUUAAACAGGAACAUAUAAGAAAAAGGAGAGAAGAAUAUAUACACACUUUACCAAGAGCUUUCAAUACUCUUUUGCCAAAUCUAGAAGAGAUUGAACAUUUGAAUUGGAUGGAAGCUUUGAAGUUAAUGGAAAAGAGAGCAGAUUUCCAGUUAUGUUUUGUGGUGCUAGAAAAAACACCUUGGGACGAAACUGACCAUAUAGACAAAAUUAAUGAUAGACGGAUCCCAUUUGACCUCCUGAGCACUUUAGAAGCUGAAAAAGUCUAUCAGAACCAUGUACAGCAUCUAAUAUCAGAGAAGAGGAGGGUAGAAAUGAAGGAAAAAUUCAAAAAGACAUUGGAAAAAAUUCAGUUCAUUUCACCUGGGCAGCCGUGGGAGGAAGUUAUGUGCUUUGUUAUGGAGGAUGAAGCCUUCAAAUAUAUCACUGAGGCUGAUAGCAAAGAGGUGUAUGGUAGGCAUCAGAGAGAAAUAGUUGAAAAAGCCAAAGAAGAGUUUCAGGAAAUGCUUUUUGAGCAUUCUGAACUUUUUUAUGAUUUAGAUCUUAAUGCAACACCUAGUUCAGAUAAAAUGAGUGAAAUUCAUACAGUUCUAAGUGAAGAACCUAGAUAUAAAGCGUUGCAGAAACUUGCACCUGAUAGGGAAUCUCUUCUACUUAAGCAUAUAGGGUUUGUUUAUCAUCCCACUAAAGAAACAUGUCUUAGUGGCCAAAAUUGUACAGACAUUAAAGUAGAACAAUUACUUGCCAGUAGUCUUUUACAGUUGGAUCACGGCCGCUUACGCUUGUAUCAUGAUAGUACCAAUAUAGAUAAAGUUAACCUUUUCAUUUUAGGGAAGGAUGGCCUUGCCCAAGAACUAGCAAAUGAGAUAAAGACACAAUCCACUGAUGAUGAGUAUGCCUUAGAUGGAAAAAUUUACGAACUUGAUCUUCAGCUGGUUGAUGCCAAAUCGCCUUAUUUUUUGAGUCAGCUAUGGACUGCCGCCUUUAAACCACAUGGGUGCUUCUGUGUAUUUAAUUCCAUUGAGUCGCUGAGUUUUAUUGGGGAGUUUAUUGGAAAAAUAAGAACUGAAGCUUCUCAGAUCAGAAAAGACAAAUAUAUGGCUAAUCUUCCAUUUACAUUAAUUCUGGCUAAUCAGAGAGAUUCCAUUAGUAAGAAUCUACCAAUUCUCAGGCACCAAGGGCAGCAGUUGGCAAACAAGUUACAGUGUCCUUUUGUAGAUGUACCUGCUGGUACAUAUCCUCGUAAAUUUAAUGAAACCCAAAUAAAACAAGCUCUAAGAGGAGUAUUGGAGUCAGUUAAACACAAUUUAGAUGUGGUGAGCCCAGUUCCCACCAAUAAGGAUGUAUCAGAAGCUGACUUAAGAAUUGUCAUGUGCGCCAUGUGUGGUGAUCCAUUUAGUGUGGAUCUUAUUCUUUCACCCUUCCUUGAUUCUCAUUCUUGCAGUGCUGCUCAAGCUGGACAGAAUAAUUCCCUAAUGCUUGAUAAAAUCAUUGGUGAAAAAAGGAGGCGAAUACAGAUCACAAUAUUAUCAUACCACUCCUCAAUUGGGGUAAGGAAAGAUGAACUGGUUCAUGGGUAUAUAUUAGUUUACUCUGCCAAGCGGAAAGCAUCAAUGGGAAUGCUUCGAGCAUUUCUUUCAGAAGUUCAAGACACCAUACCUGUACAGCUGGUGGCAGUUACUGACAGCCAAGCAGAUUUUUUUGAAAAUGAGGCUAUCAAGGAGUUAAUGACUGAAGGGGAACACAUUGCAACUGAGAUCACUGCUAAGUUUACAGCAUUGUAUUCUUUAUCUCAGUAUCAUCGGCAGACUGAGGUCUUUACUCUGUUUUUCAGUGAUGUUCUUGAGAAAAAAAAUAUGAUAGAAAAUUCCUAUUUGUCUGAUAAUACAAGGGAAUCAACCCAUCAAAGUGAAGAUGUUUUUCUACCAUCUCCCAGAGACUGUUUUCCCUAUAGCAACUACCCUGAUUCAGAUGAUGACACAGAAGCACCACCUCCUUAUAGUCCAAUUGGGGAUGAUGUACAGUUGCUUCCAACACCUAGUGACCGUUCCAGAUAUAGGUUAGAUUUGGAAGGAAAUGAAUAUCCUGUUCAUAGCACCCCAAACUGUCAUGACCAUGAACGCAACCAUAAAGUGCCUCCACCUAUUAAACCUAAACCUGUUGUACCUAAGACUAAUGUGAAAAAACUGGAUCCAAAUCUUUUAAAAACAAUUGAAGCUGGUAUUGGUAAAAAUCCAAGAAAACAGACUUCCCGGGUCCCUUUGGGACAUCCUGAAGAUAUGGAUCCUUCAGAUAACUAUGCGGAACCUAUUGACACAAUUUUCAAACAGAAGGGCUAUUCUGAUGAGAUUUAUGUUGUCCCAGAUGAUAGUCAGAAUCGCAUUAUUAAAAUUCGAAACUCAUUUGUAAGUAACACCCAAGGAGAUGAAGAAAAUGGAUUUCCUGAUAGAACUUCAAAAAGUCAUGGGGAACGGAGGCCUUCAAAAUACAAAUAUAAAUCUAAAACCUUGUUUAGUAAAGCAAAGUCGUACUACAGAAGAACACAUUCAGAUGCAAGUGAUGAUGAGGCUUUUACCACUUCUAAAACAAAAAGAAAAGGAAGACAUCGUGGAAGUGAGGAAGAUCCACUUCUUUCUCCUGUUGAAACUUGGAAAGGUGGUAUUGAUAAUCCUGCAAUCACUUCUGACCAGGAGUUAGAUGAGAAGAAGAUGAAGAAGAAAACCCACAAAGUAAAAGAAGAUAAAAAGCAGAAGAAGAAAACUAAGAACUUCAAUCCACCAACACGUAGAAAUUGGGAAAGUAAUUACUUUGGGAUGCCCCUCCAGGAUCUGGUUACAGCUGAGAAGCCUAUACCACUAUUUGUUGAAAAAUGUGUGGAAUUUAUUGAAGAUACAGGAUUAUGUACUGAAGGACUUUACCGUGUUAGUGGAAACAAAACUGAUCAAGACAAUAUUCAAAAGCAGUUUGAUCAAGAUCAUAAUAUCAAUCUAGUAUCAAUGGAAGUAACAGUAAAUGCUGUAGCUGGAGCUCUUAAAGCUUUCUUUGCAGAUCUACCAGAUCCUUUAAUUCCAUAUUCUCUUCAUCCAGAGCUACUGGAAGCAGCAAAAAUUCCAGAUAAAACAGAACGUCUUCAUGCCUUGAAAGAAAUUGUUAAGAAAUUUCAUCCUGUAAACUAUGAUGUAUUCAGAUAUGUAAUAACACAUCUAAACAGGGUUAGUCAGCAAAAUAAAAUCAACCUAAUGACAGCAGACAACCUAUCCAUCUGUUUUUGGCCAACCCUGAUGAGACCUGAUUUUGAAAAUCGAGAGUUUCUGUCUACCACUAAGAUCCAUCAAUCUGUUGUUGAAACAUUCAUUCAACAGUGUCAGUUUUUCUUUUACAAUGGAGAAAUUGUAGAAACUGUGAACACUGUGGCUCCUCCACCACCUUCAAAUCCAGGACAGUUGGUGGAACCAAUGGUACCGCUUCAGUUACCACCACCAUUGCAACCUCAGCUGAUACAACCACAAUUACAGACGGAUCCUCUUGGUAUUAUAUAAACAGGAAGUAAUUGUGUACAGCAAAUUGGACAAAAAGCAAAUCUAGACAUGCAUGUUUCAGGGUUCAGUAGUAUACUUCAUGUUUCAUAGCAGAUAAUUCACAUUCAAGAUAAAAAAUUUCUCUUUGAACUAUAUGGUAUUCCUUAUUCACUUACAUUGCAAAUCUAAGACCAUGUGAUAAGCAUGACUGGAGAGGUUUAAUUUUUAUAAACAAAAAUAGUUAUAAAAUACAAAGCUGCUGCUGCAUGCAACCUUAUUGCAAUCAGUAUAUCAUUCCUGUGGCAAUUUCUGUCACAUUAUAUUGUGAAUAAAAUUUUUCUAUAGAAAUUAAAUGAUUUAAAAACUCACAUAUAUGAAACAUUUAAUGCUUUUCAGCCUGCUUUAUGGCUGGUUUUGUUAUUUGAUGUGCUAAUUUGAGCAACUUAAUUUACAUUCUAGCAGUUUGUGUAGAUAACUAAAAGCCCAGUUAAGUAUUUUAUAAUUUCAGGCUGCUUAUGCCAUGCUUGGGAUGAUGUUUGAAAGAAAGAAAAAAUACACUUAACAUAUUUCACAUUUCGGCAUCUUCAUUUUUACUUCUAAGUGAACCUGUGAAUGAUCUGAUGAGGGAUAAAUGAACCUAUUCCUUUUACACACAUACCAAGGACAUUCUUGUGGCUAAAGUGAAUCGAUAAUGUUGUGCAAAGGAUAGUUGUCACCAACUCAUUUCUUUAUGGUCCAUAAUGAAAUAAACAUUUUGUAUACUGUUAAUUCUGUAAACAGAUGCAUGUUCAAAGAUCUAUGAUGGUCUUGUAUUCUUAAUCUAAUAUAUUUUAGAUAUUUUAAUUUUUUCCCUCUUGGGGAAUACAUUUAGUAUAGUGUAGAAAAUACUUCAUGCUUGCUUCGGCAGCACAUAUACUAGAAAAUACUUCAUGACAUUUUCAUAUAAGGUUAUGUAACUUUUCAUACAUAAACAUGUAAUUUGUUGUAGAAGAUUCUUUAAACCAAACAUUUUAAUCUAGGACUUAAAUUUAAUCUGUUCCUUGAAUCUAUUUUUAUGUGGCCCUUAAAAACAUAUCCAAAAAAUCCAUUGCUAAUAUAGCAAUAAAAAUACUUUGGGUACUGACAGGCUCUUUGGAGUGUGUAUAUAUAAAAUUACAAACUUGUGUUCAUAUUCUUUGAUGUGUUGUACUAAAAUACAAAAUGGCUUUUGCACCAUUUUUAAAAUCAUUUUUUUCCUUUGAUGUUGGUACCAGAGUUGACUGCUGCUUUGGGGGCUAAACAUUUUGUUAGCAAAGAUACAACCACAAUAGUAAGUUACAGAUAAAAUUGUCAGAAUAGUUGGCACAGGUAAAUUUUGUUUGACUUUAUUCAAAAGUCUUUCAUUGUCAAACCAUGCCACUUUUUUCUGGAAAGGAAAAAAAGUGGUUUGUUUUCCAUUGCUAGGUUAUAUUUUGCGUAGUAAAGAAAAAAAAUUCUUUCGUUAAUGUUGUAAUCUUCAUAAAUACUGCAACUUUAAGGUUAUCUUAUGUGUAUUAUAGUAAAUAGAUGAUUUUGAGAUUCAAGGCUCCUAAGAGUUUGAUUUGCUCCAUUUUUUCCUAAAAUAAAUAUUGUCUUUCCCAACUGUUAUGUUCUAGGUAUUGUACUUCCAAUGUUAACUUCAGAACCAAGAUGUCGACAUGAACCAGGCUGCUGUUGAAGUACAUGUAUAUUAUAAAUUAUCUUAUUUGUGUUAUACUCUUACAUGUUAUUAUCUUUUCUAAGAAAACAAAGUCCCUAUUAUUCCUAUUGCAAAGCACACAGGAAUUAAGAAAGUACAGUAAUUUAAAAAAAAAAAAUCCGGUAAAUGUAGUAUUCUUAACUUGUUCUAUAUUACUUAUACCUGUUGUCUAUAUAGCUUUAAUUUAUAGCUGUCAGUUUAACAUUGGCAUGUCUGGCAAAGAAAAUUAAACUUUAAGAGUUUUAUAAACUGUUUCUAGGUUGCUAAAGAAUUUAUUUUUCUACUAUAUAUGGUAUAGACAAAGCAUCAAACUUAUGUACAGGAAAAAAAAGCCUGACUAUUUCUAUUGGAAGUAAGCUGAAAGAAUUUUCAGAGCUGUCUGUGUCUUCAGUUCGUUCUGUCAUAACUUUGCUAUUGUAAUAUGUGAAUUCCAGUUUAUUUAAGCUAUUCUCUUUUAUACUGUGUUAAUUUAACAUUCA